UGCAAGUCCUCGGGGAAAGUGAGCGUAGUUUGGGUUAAAUUUGCAACCCAAGUCUGGAAUUUGUUGUACAGACACACCGCACAGCUGGGCGUUUCAUGCUCACAGAAUUCUUCCUGCUUACUUGCAAAUCAUUCGGAAGGGGGCGCCCAAGAUCGCAACUUUUGCCUGCUUCUCCCGCAACGUCCACAAGAAACCGUAGUGCAAGUGCAACAGUGCUACAGCAUACAGGCCUGUUUUUUUGCCUGUAUCCCCUAGCGACUUUAGGAGGAGUCGGAUUUUUCUAGUCGUUUAAGUUUGUGCGUAGGAAGACGGGAAUGAGAUAGUAUGGUCACUAUCCCCAGAUGUGUAACUAGUUUAGUUGAAAUGUUUGAAUACUGUAUGAAUAUGUUGUAAACAAGGUUUGCAAUAUUAUUCUCGUCAUCACCACCCGGUGCAGUCGUACAAAACCGUAGUGUAACCCAACUAGUGCAGCUUAUUUCGUCGAAAAACAACCAAAGUGAUCAACUUCCGACGCAUACUGGAGCUCCAGCUCAAACGCUCGCAAGAAACAGAGAAACCCGUAAUGAAUAGCAUUCGUAAGCCGCUGCUGACAACAUUACACCACUCUGCACUAAUAGGCAUUAAGUCAGCAUUAAAAGCAGAGGCACCGACCAAAGGCGACUGUUGACCCCACCAGCGCUCCGACCGAGUGGUAAUUCGAUGACAAACGCGAAAGGUUAGCAUACAUCGGAACGAGCCACAGCAAUCUUCCAGGGUCGUACAGCGGUGGUGCGUUCGUCAAGUUUGUCUCUGCGUGUGCAGGAGUUAAAAAGUCUCGGCCUUCCAACCUACGGACGGCCAAAGUUCGCUGGAAAGAAUGCACUUUUCCAUACCGAGCACGCAAGAGUUCGGUUCCGAUGGCAGCGGAUCAUCGUUUACGGGCUUCAACAUCCACAUCAAUGGCAGCUUUCACUGUUGCCUUCGGUACAAACAGUUGCACAGCCUGCACGAGCAGCUGAAGCGGUCCCUGCCGUCGAUUGCACUGCCAAGCUUUCCGCCAAAAAAACUACUCUCACUUACUCCGAACCAAAUCGAGCAAAGACGUUUGAGCUUAGAACGAUACAUUCAGUUGGUGGGCCAAGAUCCGGUACUAUGUCGUUCGGAGCUGUUGCGUGCGUUUCUACUGAAUGCACAGCAGGAGUCCUCGUUCACCGAAUCGAGUGAGGUUUCGCUGGACGUGUAUCUUAUGAAUGGCUACCGAAUAGUGGCCAACGUUUAUACGACGGACUGCACGAGUAAGGUGCUGGAGAAGGCAUGCGCCUUAAUCGAACUGUCCAAGGAGCGGGUCGGCUACUUUGCGCUUUACCUGAUGCGAAAGGAGGCGUCCGGUGUGCUGACGAUCGUGAAGCGUUUGAUGGACUUUGAAGCUCCGUACAUCUCGCAGAAACGCUGGGACGAGUGCAAGCUUGUCCUGCGCACCGGCUACUGGGAUGCUUGCCACGAUCUGGAGCUGAUGCGUGACCGGAUCGCGCUCAAUCUGCUCUACAUCCAAGCACUGAGCGACGUCGAUCGUGGCUGGAUCGUGACGACGCGCGACCUAAGCGAGCAGCUAACGAACCUACAGGCACGCGGCAACAAAACAGAGUAUCUGGAGAUCGUACGGAAGCUGCCUCUGUACGGGUGCCUACAGUUUCCCCGGGCCAGCGUCGACUAUCCCGAACCGAACACCGUCGCAACGGUAGUGCUGGGCAAUAAGGAGCUGAAUCUGCUCACCUUCGACGGGAAGGAGAUGCAGGAGAUCAAGUUCAAGGUGACUCGUAUUCGCUGCUGGCGCGUCACUCCUAUUCAUAUUAACGAUGAACACUCCUCGAUGGAGCCGCAAACAUCACAUCAAUCCAAGAUCAGCCUGGAGCUAUCGUUCGAGUACUUGAUGGCGAAGAACCAACUCAAGUGGAUUACCAUCUACAGCGAGCAGUCGAUGCUUAUGUCCGUGUGCCUUCAGUCGAUCGUCGACGAACUGCUGAAUCAGAAGAACGGUUCCGAUCCAGUCCAUUUACAGAGUGUGCAGCAUGUGGAAUAUACGCCUCUUUCCUAUAUCCGACGUGAUGGCUCCAACCAUUGCAUUACAGAUUCCAGCUCAACCGAUACUCUUUGCAAUCUAGUAAAUAAUGAUAUUAGUAGCAACAACGGUACAUCGAACCAACCAUCGAGUCAACAUACCACUACCAAUGGGUCUUCCUUUAUCCGGCGCAAACUGAAGGAGUUUAACACGACAGUCCGUUUCAAGAAUGGCAAGGAUUCUGUGCACAAUGAGGCGUUUGAGUGGAUCGGAGAUGACGACCUUUAGGCGCUAAGCGUCAUCAGAACAAAAGUGAAAAAAGAGCAAAAGCAAGAUAGUGAGUGGAACGAAAAGAAGCUAGAUAUUAUUACUUGAAAUAACGAAUUUAAAGCUUUCUAUGCUAUCAAGCGGUAGUAUACUGCCGAAAGCGUCAAGCAUGACUCUUUGUCUAACGUCCGUUUUGCAAAUUAUACUAAAUGUUUAUCGUUUAUUGAAUACAGCUUAGAAGUGGUGGCUACUGGGAACUGAGAACUUCCAUCCUUUACAUUUUUCUUUCCGUCAGACAUCCCCUUGGCAUUAUACCGGAUCCUUAUACGCAGGUGUAUCUGAACAGACACAUAUAACACCUGAUAGAAACUACGUAUUUUUGUAUUUCUUAUUUUGGUAGCAUUUUUACGGAAGGUAUGUGAUCCUAGACGGGUGGAUUGAUUUACAGGCUACACUCUUCUAACAGGCUCCUCCACUGUGAACCACACCUCAAUGUAUCUUUCUUUGUAUGUUAGUCCGAAAAAGUGGUAAUAAGUAGAGAAAUUAGUACUCAAAACAACUAUAACACAGUGUUUUGUUUCAGUGUGGCAUUAGAAGAAACCGGGCAAAGGAUGUACCCAGGUGGGAUGGAAAAAGCUACAGCAACAGUGGGCAAUGUGGACAAGGAAAUUAUUAAUUCAUGUGACCUUCUCCAGGAAUGUGAACAUAUAGUGGUAGAGUAAAAAUAAAACGAAUUGUCGGUUGGUGCUUCCUA